AUGCGGUUACAGUGGCACAAGGGGAAAAUCAAAAUUUUGAUGCAUUCUACCACUGCAAAACUAUCUUUUCGGUUGACUGUUAUCUGUUGUUACCGGCAAAAUAGACGAAAGUGGCAAGUGCGGGAGGCGACGCCCCACAGCCGGGCGGUCUCCUGCGUGCGGUUCUCCCCCUGCGGGCGCCUCCUCGCGACAGCGUCCCUCGACGGAACGGUCGCGCUGCUCUCCCCGUCCUCGCUCGCCGUAAUCGCCGUCCUGCGCGGCCACUCCGACGGCGUCUCCGACCUGUCCUGGUCCACGGAGUCGUACUACCUCUGUUCCGCCUCCGACGACCGCACCAUACGCAUCUGGGACAUCCGACCCGUCCUCGCCGGAGGCGCCCAGGCCGCCGCCGCCGACCCCGGCGCCGACCGCUGCAUCCGCGUGCUCAAGGGGCACACCAACUUCGUCUUCAGUGCCAACUUCAACCCGCAGACCAGCUCGCAGAUCGCCUCCGGGGGAUUUGACUGUACCGUGCGCAUUUGGGAUGUCAAGAACGGCCGAUGCACCCGCGCCAUCGAGGCGCACUCUGAGCCCGUCACUUCCGUGCAUUUCAUUAGGGACGGAUCCAUCGUUGUAUCCGGAAGCCAUGAUGGGAGCUGCAAGAUUUGGGACGCCAAGACCGGGGCUUGCCUCAAGACGGUCAUCGAUGAAAAGAAGCCCGCGGUCUCCUUCUCCAUGUUCUCGCCCAAUGGCAAGUUUAUCCUCGUCGCCAUGCUCGAUAACUCACUGAAGCUUUGCAAUUUUGCUACCGGCAAGUUCUUGAAGGUAUACAGUGGACAUGUGAACAGACAAUACUGCAUCCAGUCUGCGUUUUCUGUUACGAAUGGGAAGUACGUUGUCAAUGGAUCAGAAGACAACUGCGUGUAUAUAUGGGACCUCCAAGGGAGAAAUAUUCUUCAGAAACUAGGAGGCCAUACAGACACUGUCAUCUCGGUGUCCUGCCAUCCAACAGAGAAUAAGAUUGCUUCUGGUGGCCUUGAUAAUGAUAGGACUAUAAGAUUAUGGGUUCAAGAUAGUUGA